UUCUCUGGGCGCUGUCUUAGUAAACACAACAGAGUUCCGGUGAAUAUCAAAUUUCUGCCUCUUCGCCUGGUAACCGAUGAAUUUCGUCGAUAAUUUGAACAAAUGGACGAGUAGGGUGGAUAUGGACUACGGAAACAAACUGAACCAGGCACUCUCCUCUAGCACUAAAUUUCUGCCCACAGCAGGACUGCGCGGUGCCGGGCCGUUUCAGCAUUACGGCCGGCCCCUGGGCCACGACGUGAAAGUCAAAGAGGAAGACGAGAGUGUGGAGGAUUUCUUCCAUUUCGCUCAGCAUCUUCAGCAGCAAACAGGAGAGUGUCUCACAGCGUGCUGCGGGGGAGCAAAUCCUAAAACCAUCCCUCUCACUACCACUCUAAGUACCUCACUUACUGCCUCGCUCACAUCCCCUUUAAACACACCUGUGAGUAGCCCACCACCCAAACCAAGCAGCCAGCCUUCAGCCGAGCGGCCGUACCACUGCCAGGACUGCGGAAAGUAUUUCAGAAUCAGCGACAUUAAGCGGCACCAGCGAAUCCACAGCGGAGAGAGACCGUUUCCGUGCUUCCAGUGCGGUAAGAACUUCCCCACAUCGGGCGACCUCAAAAGGCACGAGAGGAUUCACACUGGCGAGCGUCCUUACCACUGCCUGCAGUGCGGUAAGAAUUUCUCUGACUCGGGUCACCUUAAGCAGCACGAGAGGAUGCACACGGGGGAUCGGCCUUACCAGUGCCCGCAGUGCGCCAAGCGCUUCUACAGAUCCGGCGACCUCCGGAGGCAUCUCCGCAUCCACAGUGGAGAGCGGCCGUACAAAUGCCCCCAGUGUGACAAGACCUUCUCCGAUUCCGGCCACUUGCGAGGUCACCAGCGCAUUCACACAGGAGAGCGGCCUCACCGCUGCACGCUCUGCGAGAAGAGCUUCUUCAGAUCAGGAGACCUGAAACGCCACCACCGGACACACACCGGAGAGAGGCCAUACCAGUGCUACCAGUGCGGGAAGAGCUUCUCAGAAUCGGGUCACCUAAAAGAGCACCGGCGAAUUCACACUGGAGAAAAACCCUACCACUGCAACCAGUGCGACAAGAGCUUCUCUCGUCUGGAGCGGCUGAAGGGUCACCAGAGCAUCCACACUGGUGAGAGGCCCUUUCACUGCGCACAGUGCGGCAAGAACUUUUUCAGAUCCGGUGAGCUCAAGAGGCACCAGAGGAUCCAUAAUGGAGAGAGAGCAUGAAAGAGCUUAUCAGAGCAUUAGGGCCAGGUUUUGAGGUCUCUGUUUAUUCAGGGGGAUUAUUUUAUUUUUGAGGUCCUGUUUAUGGCCAGUCUGACUGUUAAACUCGUACUGUUGCAGAAUCGUUCCUGUUGUUUGAAAUAAAUAAUUCCAGAGGAGCCCUGUCAUUCAGCAGGAAAAGGGAGGUUUGUAUGUAAAUUUGACCAUCAAGAAGCAUAACAGAUUUUAGUUUUUACACUCGGAUGAUACCAGAGAGGACAUUUACCUGGCCCAUGACAUUCCCUCUUAAAAAAAAGUCCCAGCAUUAGAGACUCUUACUAGGAUGUUCAUUCUAUUUUUAAAGAAACAAAAUAUUGUAGAUUUCUGCAUGUUAAAGCUUCCUUGGAUGGCUUCUUUAGUGACCUAACCAUUGAGCCAUUCCAGAUUUUUUUUUUUUUUUUUUUUUAAUCCCUACCUCCACUUAUCUUUGUUUGCAGUUGAAAAUUUCCUGUUGAAAUGUUUAAGGGAAUGGUUUAGGGGGAAUAUAUUUUUUGCAAUGAGUCCCAUUGCCCUAAGUGUCACAUGGUGUUGGCUUCUUUAGUUUUGCAUUGGACUUUAACGGAGCUAAACGCUCAUUCAUAUUCGAUAAUAGCUUUGUGUAUGGAAGAUGGCUUUUCUGCAUAUCUUGCAGUUACUCGGGACGUAAAAAUUGCUCAGAAAUGAACACAAUGCAUUUAUGGAGAAUUACCAGUGUAAAUAGUAGAGAUUUUAAAAAUGAGACAGAGCUCAUUACUACGUUCAACAUUACUACGAUUAACAGGCAGCCGGGAUGUUUUGCUUUUGACAUGCCACCUGUUUGAUGCCGCUUUAAUUUCUUAAGAUAAACAUCAAAUAUGCAAACAGUGCUGCUCAGGUAGCAGCUGGUUGAGGCGAGUACAAGUGGCUAGGGUAGAGUAUUUUUGUGUCGUAUGAGAAUUUAAUCUCCUUCCUGCCCUUAUGUAAAAUCUUUUUGGUUUCCUUUCAACACACCAAAUAUACCAGGGACCCCCGAACUGCCUCCAGAUGUGAGCAUGUGUGCGCAUAUGGUUCUCUACAGUGAAGUCUCACACAGGGUGUAAUUCCUCCUCGAGUCCAUGACGUGCUCAUUAGACAUCACAAAAAAAAAUUAAUUUGUUAAUAUAUCGCAAUUAAUUAUUUUGUGCAGCAAUUUGUGUAUCACACUGACUUCAGAAUUUUAUUUUUUUUAGCUGUUCCUGUAUAAUCCUAAACUCUGAACUAUUCACACAUUGGCAAUCAGAACAGCAUCCUGUGUGGGAGAAGAAAAAAAUAUUUUUUUUAUAUUGUUUGUUUAGAGUUGUAACAAAGUAAGAAAAUAAGAAUUGUGAUUUUUCUACAAGCGUGAUACUUCUGAAUCGCGAUACGAAUCGAAUCAGCGCCUAGUUAGUGUAAUAUCAUAUUGGUGGCCCCUGGUGAUUUCCAUCCCUAAUUCUUUUGCAAAGGUUUAAAGUGGUUGUUAAAGAGGAGGGACUGGUCAAUUAAGUUGUAAAAAUAUUAUUGUGUAUCAUAUCAUACUACUUUAAUUAGAGUGUUUCUCCUUAAAAACAUUAUCACCAUUACAAAACUAAAGAAGCAUAUGUUAAACGAUAAGUCUGCUUUCUCGUACAGGUUACGUUAGAAGUCAUGGUGAGGGGAAAAAAAAUUCUCCCUAAACUAUUCCAUUAUGCAGUGAUUUUUUUUCUUCUUUUUUUUCUGCCACACCAAUGGAACCCCCAUAUUUUCAUGUCCGUUAAAAAGUAUGUAUUGUACAGUACAAUAUUUGUAUAUUGUAGCAAGGUAUAAGUGAAAGAUCCUGUAGAACUGUAUAUUAAAGAUGUGUAUGCUUACAUUCUUUGUAAUUGCAAAUUUUUUUAUUUUUGCUCUAUUUUUUACAAGUGUGUGCUGUAUACAUUCGUACGAUGCAGAGACAGUCAACCGAUCAUGUAAUUGGAACGCGUAUAUGACCCUGACGGAAGACUACAGAGUUUUUGCGAUUUGUCUUAUCUUCCUUCCUUCCUUUUUUUUUUGUUGUAUUUUGUCUUUGUUGUAUCACUGUAUGUAACAGCACACAAUGAACUUGUGAUUGCUUCAUGCCACGGUUGUGGCAAUGUAAAAAUGCUACUGUACUCAUCAUGUAAACAACACAUGGGGGGGGGGGGACUCUGUUAGCCAUGACGCUCUCGAGUUGCAAGUGUAUUGGUUAUUAGAUGGGUAUUUUUUUAAUAUUUAGACAACUGAGUGUAUAUAAUGUGUAUACACCGAGUCACUAGCUGUGGCCAUGUACAGUCUAGUAACAAAUUCACUGGCAACUCUGUGUAAGUUGUCACCACUAUGUUGGAAAUAGUUUGUUCCAGGUUAGCGUGUAUGACGUUUGUUGUGGAAACGCAGUUUAUGAUUCAGUUACUUAGGAUCUGCACUUUUAGAUGAUGUAUUAAUCAAAUCUUUUACAAAUCAUAUGAAUUAGAUUUAGUCUCUUAACUACAUUUUUUUUUUGUUAAAACCAUAAUGUUUUUCUUUUUCUUUCUUUUUUUUUAUUUUUUUUAAACCCGUUGUAUCUAUUUAACCAUUCAUGGGUGUGUUAAGUUUAAUAGGCUUUAAUUCAGUCAGAAGAAUGACCUUCAAUUUCUUGAAAAAAUCUUGAUAAAUUAAAAUGCCUAGUAUUUCUAAAAAGUUAAAAGAUCAAAUACACAAUGUAUGGAUCCAAUAGUAGUAUUUGACAUCUUUCUGAUUGAAUCCAGGCUGUAGAGUAGGUGUGGGAUUUUCAAAACCCUGGGAUGACUUUUCCUUUGCCUGUGCAUGAGUGUUUUUCUUUCUAUGUUAAUGUAAUUAUUCUUUAUUUGCACAAAAUAAAUACCUAAUACAUAAUCUACCCAUAUAUGUACUUUA